AUGUAUGGUGAGAUCUUAUUUAUGCAGUGCUGCUACUAUCGGUUGGCAGUACACCGAGGUAGUACUAUCAUCAUUUGUAGUUUUAUUUACAUGAUAGAAGCAUCAUCCAUGGCUGAAGAAGACUCUAUCGUUACGUACAAGGAUGAUACCCUAAAAAGUGCUGAUGAUGAUGUAACAAUUAUGUCACUUGAAGAUGACAUCGGUUGUGUCUACGGCAAAUUAAUUUUGCUUGGCUAUAAUGGAACGCUCGAAAGCAAUAGUGCUUGUGUUCAAGGCCGUAAGCAUCGCUCAAAAAUGAUACUGCGCAAACGACUGACGGGUAAUGGUAUUAAAAAGGAUCAAAGUAGUUCAGUUAGCAUACCACCAUCACAAACUCAGGUAGUGCGCGAUGCUUCACGGCAUGUUGUGUCAUAUUCCUAUAAUCGUAAUCACACAGUUCUUGUAGAAUAUAGCCCUGAUCCUCAUAAAGAUAUGUUUCAGAUUGGUCGCUCUUCUGAAAAACAAAUAGAUUUUACUGUUGUGGAUACUUGGCUUGCUGCAAAUGCUUUUCAUUCAGAAGUUCGUAGUGAACCAGGAUCCGAGAAUGGUGUGACUGAUAUUUAUGGAGAUGGGAAAGAUCCACGACGACCAAUAUCUUCAACUAUCAGUCGUUAUGCUUGUCGGAUACAAAUUAAUCGUGACUAUCCUCAUCGAGCUUUUUUAUAUGCAGCUGGAUUUGACAGUUCCAGGAACAUUUUCCUCGGAGAAAAGGCAACGAAGUGGACGAAAUGUGAUGGGGAAAUUGAUGGUCUUACAACGAAUGGUAUUCUUAUUUUGCAUCCAAACAUUAUGCAAAGACAGAAUUCUGGGCAAAGCGUAGAAGAACAUAUGGGAAUGUUUGUGUGGCGUGAAGUCUCUGUCGAUGGCGACAUCUAUAAUAUAAGGGAAACGCGGUCUUCGACCAAACGAGGAGAGUUAUUAGCGGGUGAAUCCAAUGAAUUGCAGGAUGGGACUUUGAUUGAUCUCUGUGGUGCCACACUUUUAUGGAGAACAGUUGAUGGUCUGUCGAAAAGUCCGUGUCGAAAUGAGCUUGAAUCAAGACUGAAUGAAAUCAAUGCUGGCAAACCGCAAUGUCCAGUAAAUCUUAAUACUCUCAUUAUUCCAAGGAAAAAGUCAGCGAAAAGUUACGGCUCUUCUAGGCAACCAUAUGUCUAUCUUAAUUGUGGCCACGUACAAGGGAAGCACGCAUGGGGCAAAAAUGACAAAAGUAAGGGUGGGACUUUGUACAAAUGUCCCAUAUGUUUGGUAGAUUCAUCUAAAAUAAUUCAGUUAAUUAUGGGAAUGGAAUCAGCAUUCCAUCUGGAUUCAGAUUCAUUGGACUAUGCUUUCAAUCCAUGUGGACAUGUUGCUUCACUAUCCACUGUGAGAUAUUGGUCUCGUAUUCCGUUACCGCAUGGUACAAGCAAUUUUCAUCCGGUAUGUCCAUUUUGUACAUCAUUGCUAUCAAUGGAUAAACCGUAUGUUAGGCUUAUUUUCCAGGAUCAUUGCUCUGAUUCAUAA